CGGGAUAUAAUAUAUUUGUGUGAUAUGAAUGUCCUCAUACCAACAAUUUCAAUCAGUUGAACAUUUACUUUGCUGGUUCUCCUUCAAGCUGUUAGGCUCCGCUCAACACACGCUCAGGGCUUUCACACGGCACCCCUCAGUAGUAUCUCGUUUGUUAUCAACCAUGGCCCCUACCGCCAAGUACAACGUUCUGUUCGUCCUCGGCGGACCUGGCGCUGGCAAGGGAACCCAGUGUGAAAAGAUUGUGGCGAAAUACGGCUACGUGCAUCUCUCUGCGGGUGACCUAUUGCGGGCCGAGCGGGCCGACAAAACAUCUAAGAAUGGAGACUUGAUUGAAUGGUACAUCACGAACGGUGCCAUUGUGCCCGUCGAGAUCACCAUCGAGCUAAUUAAGAAUGCCAUGGAGAACACGACCAGCACCAACUCCUUCCUCAUUGACGGCUUCCCCCGCAACAAAGACAACCUGGAUGGGUGGACCAAGAUUAUGGACGACAAGGCCGAAGUCAAGCAGGUCCUUAACUUUGACCUGUCCGAGGAGGAGUGUCUAGCGCGUGCUAUGAAACGAGGCGAGACGAGCGGCAGGACUGACGAUAACGUGGAGUCGUUCAAGAAGCGUUUCGUCACCUUCAAGGAGUCCACGCAACCCAUCAUUGACCACUUUGAGGUGAAGAAUCUCGUGACCACCAUCUCAUCUGUGCCAGGCCCGGACGAAGUGUUCGUCGAGGUUUGCAAGGUACUAGACAAUCUUCAGUAAGCAUGUCGAAUCUAACAUUAGAUAUCAUCUACAAUUAGAUUAGCAAUAAAGUCCUAGAAAGUCAUGCCCUUGAAUCCAC